CUAGUUUGUGUGUAUCAUAUUUUCGAAAUCGUAACUUUUUGGUUAUAAAUAAUUGUAAAUUUAUUCAUGAAUUCAUUUAUUAAAUAAUUAUUGUGAAUUAUAAUAAAAUAAUAAAAUGUCAAGAGCGCCACCUCACGGUUCCAAAUACCACUUACGUGAACCUCAAAAUUUGAGGUUAUUUAAGUAAAUUGCUUCUAAAAUCGCACUCAAACAAUCAAAUUAUCUUCCAGGGGGGCCACCACGUUGAAUAAUCACCCUUGAUUUUUUUUAAGUUAGGUUAUGUCCCAUUCCGAGUCGAAGCGCCCCCUCACCCCUGAAGAAUGGUCCUUCCUAACUGGCCAUUUCGUGGGCAACGACCACCGCUACCGCGAAAACAUCAUCAUCCCCCGCACCUUGGGCCCCGUCCAGAUCAAAAGCAACGAAGAGAAACGCGUGGAAGCCUUCUUCGAAAGCUGUCCUUUCAAAUCCCUCAUGAGCUGCGUCAUGGGCUACGGUCUGGGGGCCGCAAUCGGUCUGUUCUCCAGCAGUGUGGGGCCCACUGCCACCAACGUGGAACAACAAACAGCACGCCAAGUUUUUCGAGAAAUGAAAAAUACCACUCUGAGUUAUGCGAAGAAUUUUGCCAUGAUUGGGGCCCUGUUUUCGGGGGUGGAGUGCACCAUUGAGACGAUGAGGGGCAAGUCUGAUUGGAAGAAUGGGACGUACGCGGGGGCUGUCACGGGGGGCCUGAUCGGGUUAAGGGCCGGGGUCAAGGCCGGAGUCGUGGGGGCGGCCGGAUUUGCCGCCUUCUCCACAGCGAUCGACUAUUACAUGCACUCAAGGUUUUGAUUUGUUAAUAAUUAAAAAAAUAAAUAAA